UUCUCGAUGUGCACCACAACAACACCUUGAAUGGUCGGUGCUUUCAGCAGGGCUUCCUCUGAGUGGUCACCUGGCUUUUCACUAACUCGCAGGAAAACUCGCAGAACCAGAAACUCCCUUGAUUUACACACAGUAAUGUCACCAAAUCUUUGCAACUGCCGGGACCUAGAUAAGGCAACUGUAAGGCACCUGGCUGUAAACAGAGAAGCUGGGACAGCAACCCAGGCCUUCUUGACUCCAAAGCCUACACUCAUAGUCUCACCGGAACGUUUGCUGAGAAGUCUGGUCUCCUUAGUAACAAAAUCACUCCCUGAUGAUGCAAAGCCCAAGAAGCAAAGUCAUGCUCCUGUCCUCUGGUCACCAAGGGACUGAUGUGCUGUUCUAUCACUUCCUUCGUCAUGUGACUAGCUGGAAACGGACACAGAUCAUGAUUGUGUUUAACAUGCUGGACUGGAAUGCUAUGGGCGAGAUUGGUUUUGACCAGUUCUACAUGUUGGUCUGCAUCCUGCUGGCACAACAGAACCACUUGGAAGAGCAAUUUAUCUUCCGUCAUUCCCGGCCUGUUUUUGAGCUGCUUGACCUGGAUGGGGAGCUGAGAAUUGGUGCAGACCACUUCCACAUGUACAACUUUCUCUUCAAUAUUAAAAAACAGGAACUCAGAGAGCUCUACCAUGACUUUGACAUCACAGGUGAUCGUCGUCUUAAUUACAAGGAAUUUAAGCUGUUUACUAUCUUCACCAUGGACAAAUACCAGGAGAAGCAGAAAGCAGAGAAAGAGCAAGGGAAAACGGCUCCACUCAAAAAGAAAAGGCCACAUCGCUUUAUUUUGAGCUCAAAACUUUUUUAGGAAUAAAUAUAUCUGAAAGUAGAAUAUAAAUAAUCACAACUGUUAACAUGUCUAAAAAUAAAUUUAGAAAA